GAAGUCAAUUUUUUAAAAUUUACAUGAAAAAAAAUUAAUUUUUUUUGUGUGGCUAUGUCAACACUGCAGAAUUGUAAACUGUAGGAUGGUCAAUAAAUUGUAAACAAUCAAAGAGAACCUUAUUUAUUGAGAUUACAGAGAAUGAACGAAUCAUGAUUAGAGUUACUUCUAAUUAAAAAAAAAAGAUAAAAAUUAGUAGAACUUGGGCUGGAAGAAGAAAGUCUACUUAAAACACAUGUUAAGAUGUAACACUGAACGGAUUUUGGAUCCGAUUAAAGCAGUUUCUGAUCAUCUUUCAGAGAGAAUCAUCCUGGAAUCCAAUGAAGAACCCAUGCCAUAUUAUAAUUCUGUUUAUAAACCUCCUGCACAGACCAGCGUAGUGACAAAAGGCUCAAAGCUUAAAACUGAAACAUCAGAUAAGUUAGAUGAGCCUGACAGUAUGAAUAAUAAUUUGAUGUUUCGAAGUAUGUUCUUUAUGAAUGAUGAACCAAGACAUUUUUUAGCUCCACACAUACCAUCUCUUUCGAACGAAGCUGAUUUCUUUCAACGUAAGCCUGCUUCUACCAGCGGAGGUAGUCAGCAAAAUGUAUCAUCACAAACUGGUGAGCAAGUUCUUCCCAAUAAAUUGCCAGUUCAGUACAAACAACGACCUCAUACGUGUGAAGAAUGUGGAAAGUCUUUUUUAUUGAAACAUCACCUUGCUACUCAUAUCCGUGUGCACACUGGAGAACGUCCUCAUGUUUGCCCAGAGUGUGGAAAGACAUUUGCAUUAAAACAUUGUCUUAGUACUCAUCUACUUCUGCAUAGUGCUGAACGACCCUAUAAGUGCAAUGAAUGUAACAAGUCAUUUACCUUAAAGCAUCACCUCGUGAGUCAUGAAAAAAUGCAUACCAGAGACAGACCAUUUGAAUGUCGUGAAUGUGGACAAACGUUUUCUCAGAAGAGGCAUUUGAGUACGCAUUUAAAAUUUCAUUCCGGUGAAAGACCUUUUUCUUGUCAGAUCUGUGGAGAAUCAUUUUCAAGGGAAGAACAUCUUGUAAUGCAUUCACGAUUUCAUGGAGGUCUACAGCCCUAUAUAUGUCCGGACUGCGGGGCAGGUUUUCUCCGAAAAUUUCAGUUGGUGGAGCAUGAAAGAGAGCAUGGACGAGUGCCAGAUACGUGUCCCAGCUGUGGAAAGGAAUUUUUACAGAAGCGUACCCUUCUUCUUCAUGUUAGGACAUGUGGUCUGAACAAUCACCACCAUGGUUCCCAGCCGCCGGACCAUCAGCCAGUUAUGAAUCAUUCAAAGCUGUGCAAGGAAUGUGGAGAGUCUUUCGCUAGCGCAGAAGGAUUGGCCCUCCACAUGAGGUUGCACGUUGGGGACCAUAGCUUCCUUUCUGACAUCUGUAGCCUCGCCGCUUCGCUUAAACAAGCUGCUGGUCAAGGUCUCCUCAAGCAAAAAACUCAUGCUUGUGCUGAAUGUGGCCGAGCUUUCACUCAAAAGCAUGGUCUCAAUCAGCAUAUUCUCAGGUAUCCUAAUGGUGCUUGCAAAUUAAAACCUUUCCGAUGUGAAAAAUGUGGCAAAGCAUUUUCACAGAAGAAUCACCUAGUCCUACAUGAGCGGCAACAUAUGGAACCUUCAGAGCGAAGUGAGCUGAACAGACAGCGCCAACCUAAUCCUCCGAUACCACUCAUCGGUCACAUGGAAAUCCCACAGCACUCUCUCGACCAAUAAGUGAUAAGUGGUAGUGUCAAGUCUUCUUUCAGCCUAAUAACUAACUGUCACCUGAUAGGUUCAUAAGGAUGUCUCUUAAAUUGAAGCUAGUAACUUAAAAUGGUUUUGUGGUGAUUUACAGGUUUUCAAAAAAUUAUUUAAUUUCUAAUUUAUUUUUGUCAAUACACGCAGUUAUAAAUGUAGGGACACUUGUGUUCACCGUAAAGGGGUUUAAACUAUCGUGUUUGAGUGAUCUCAUUAUUAAUUCAUUUUCGAUGAAAACUAGUUUUAUAUUUUAAUUCUUAGAAAGUGUAAUUUUAACGCUUAAUAGUUUAUUUUUAUUUCUGUGUCCUAAUUAGUCUAGACAUUUUUAUAUUUAGAAAAUUGUACAUGGAAAAUUUAAAUGAUUUAUCUAUUGUUAUUAUUUUUGAAAAUUUAAUUUUCUUUAUUUUAUCCUAUAAGUGUAUUUGUAUUUAAAUGAGAAUAAUGAUCUUAUAAAAAAGUAAAGAACAUUUAUAUUCCUGGAAAUAUCUCAUGAAUAUGGCAAAAACAUGUUUUAUUAUUCCAUUCAGAAAGGGAUUGAUAUAUCCAGAUUUAUCGCUAUAUCUAACUUCUCUCCAUCUCGCAAUAUAUCUCAUAUGAUCAAAUACCAAUUAUAUAAUAAAUAUGUUGACUAAGUGUUACUGUUUUACUUUAUUUUAUUUUUUCCAACAUGUAUGUCCAAAGAACUUUCAUUGAACAGAGUUUAAAACAUGGAGGAAAAGGAGGUUAUCAAUAUAUAUUCUAAUAGAUUGUUAAUAAUUAUUUUUAGAAAUAUUGAACUGCGAGUUUAUCUGAAUAAAAUAAAGUUAUAUUAAAAAAUGGAUGUUUUGGUGUUGAAACUGAAUAUUAUGCUAAAGUUUUUGAUUUAUUGGUAGUGGAAUAUCUCAGUGGUAGGUUACUGACUUCUAAUGCUCAACAGACUGUCCUGGUGCAUACCCAGCCUCUAUAAAGUGGGUACCCUUAAUUAAAUAAUUUAUUAAAGGGGAAACACAGAGGUUGAGCAUGACUCGGUCAAAUCACCUUCCUGUACAACCGUUAACCAAGAAAAUGUACUUCCUUACUAAGUACUGAACCCAAGAUCCUUCAUGGGUUGUAAUGGUACAGGGUUUUUAUUUUUUAUUUAUUAACACCUACAUUAUUUUCUGAAUCUCAAUAUUUAUUAUUUUUUUUUUUUCUGUUAGUAGAAUAGAUUAGUGGGUUAGGCAAUGGGCUGCUAACUCCUGGACUCAAGUUUAAAUGAGUCUAGAAGUGGUUGACAUUUUAUUGUAUGUCAUAUCAGCCUUGGUCAACUGUGGAUUUGGAAACCCCUUCUUGGGCAUUUAGGCAUGCCACUCCUCUAUAAAGUAGGUAACUGACCCUUUAAUGGGAUAGGAGGGGGAAAACGUUGUUAUUUUAGGAUGGAAGCUAUAAACAUAAUGGGGAGUAUUAAUAAAAAUGAAUGUUUAAUAAAAAUUUUGGCAAGAAUACCUAUACAAUGUUUACCAAUAAAUUAUACUCUUGUGCUGAGAAUUAUAUAAGCUCCUUUUUAAACAUUUGGCUCGUGCGAUAAAGCCUUAGUUUACCAGUUGCAGUCAAGCAAGAAAGAUAAUGGUUUCUUUUAAAAUAUUUGUAAUAUUAAGAAACUAUAGGAAAAAAGAAAAUUAUAGCCACUCAAAUUAUUCAAACUGAAGGUGAAGGUUUCACCAUUGAAGACCACAAAGUUGGUUUGAAAAAUCCAGGAAUAGAGGUAUAUCCUUGGAAAGGAAGAGUGGCUCAGGGACAGUUAGAUAGGAUGUAUGCAAAAUUAUCAAAGUGUUACCCAGCUUUGGUUUAGGGUAAACGUGUUCUAUUCCAAUAGAAUAACACUCGCCCACAUACUUUAUACCCGCAUAAAUUUGGGACCAAUUAUAGGUUGAUAUAAAGACCUGUUUGAGUUUUUUAGGUUUGUUUAGUGUUAUCUUUUUGUCUAACCUGAUUUCUACUGGUGGGAAUUGUACCCAUUUUAAAUCUAAACACUUUUUCGAUGGCACUAUGGUCCUCGUAGAACCGUGGCUUCCUCCAUAAUUUUCCAUCAUUCGUCCCUGUAAAAAGUUGCUCUUCUCCCCCUUCGGACUCGAAGUGUCCUCAGGUCUUCCUCCACCUCUACUAGCCACUGCAAUCUGGGACGCCCUCUUCUUCGUCCUCCACCAAGAUCUAAACACUAACCUAGGCCCUUGUGUUCCUAUUGACAACGACUUAAAUCUGCCAAUCCAUCAGAUUUUGAAAGAGCUGCGAUUUGGGACCUAUCAAAGGUUAAGGUAGGGACCUUUUUGAGUUUUUUCCCUCCCUUUCUUUUGCUCUCUGAUUAAUAGUUGACUGAGACACUGCCAGUUCUGUUGAUAAUUGCAGAUUUACUUUGUUUUUUCAGGAAGAUUCUCUUUAUUGACAACUGAUAGUCUUCCAUCUUCUCCAACAUUAUUUGAUGCCAAUGUUGAGCAGACCUUUCGUUCAUGACUUUCAUUUUACUUUAGUUUUUCUCAUUUUUUAGAUGCAGAAAAUUCCUUUUUCCAACAAAAUCUUGGUAUUGAACCAGGCUUUGAUUGUGAUGAUGAGAUGGUCAAGUGUUAAGGUAUUAUCUUUAAAUCUUAUGUCUAGCAGCACUAAUUCGAAUCCAGCCUAGGCGUAGGAGGAAUUGUUCUAGAGGUACAAGAAAACCUAUUGUACGAUGUUAUUUAAAACUAAAUACCUUCCAGUUCUACUCCAUGAAAUCAUUAUCAGGCUUUUUAUUGUGAUGUUUGUCCUGUUGAUAGAUAUGCUGUAUAUAUAUAUAUAUAUAUAUAUAUAUAUAUAUAUAU